UUUCCGUCUCCCCUUACUUUUACUUCUCUUCAGGCGAAAGCGGGAAUACAGAAUCCUUCUCGGUUACAGUUUCUUUCUACUCGGAUCGACAGCCGGCGUCUUUUAGUGGAGUGGCAAAAUGGGCGGGGUGAAGAAGGAUGGAAACGCGAAGGCGGAGGUGAAGACGAAGAAGUCAGGAUUCUCCGGGAAGCUGGUGAAAUCGCAGAAGAGCAGCGGCGGAGGCGGGGGCGGGAAGGAGGUGAAGGAUUCGUACGCGAUUGUGGAAGGAGGUACGAGGAAGACGCAACCGGAGAGGCACUAUUCCGGCGAGUUCUUGCUGUCUGUUUCGAGAGAGUUGAAGCCUUCAAAGCCGCCGGUUGGAGGAGACACGCCGACCAAGGUUACUCACAAAACGUCCUUCCUGGGGAGAGCAGGCACAAUGGGUCUAGAGAAAACGUUAGAAGUUCUUGACACUCUUGGAAGUAGUAUUUCAAAUUUGAAUGGUCGGAGUGGGUUUGUCACCGGCAUAGCAUCUAGAGGGAACAUAAUAUCUAUACUGACAUUUGAAGUAGCUAAUACAAUAUCUAAAGGGGUGAACUUGUUUCAAUCUCUCUCAGAGGAGAAUGUCGAAUUCCUGAAAAAGGAGAUUCUGCAUUCACAAGGUGUUAAGAGGUUGAUUUCGACGGAUAUGAAAGAGUUGCCAGUUAUUGCUGUUGCUGAUAAAAGGGAAGAAUUUGAUGUCUUCUCCCGUGAAGUAAUUCGGUUUGGAGACCUCUGUUAGGAUCCCCAAUGGCACAACCUAGGCCGAUAUUCAAAAUUAGAUUCAGAGGCUUCAAUUGAUAAACAAUCGAGACAAGAAGCUGAGAGGUCUGUGCAAGAGUUGACUAAUCUGGUGCAACAUACUUCUGAACUUUAUCAUGAAUUGCAUUCACUGGACAGAUUUGAGCAAGAUUAUCAAAGUAAGAUUGAGGAGUUGCAGUCCUUACACCUCCCUCAGAAAGGUUGUUCUUGAUUUGCGUGGCAACCAAUAGAUACAUCAUACAUCUGCCUACUGGCUUUGAUGGGGUGAAUAUUUUACUGAUGAGCCUGCUGUUCAUUUACUGAUAAAAUGUAGGAGAGAGCCUCUCAAUUUUACAUAGUGAGUUGAAAGAGCAACGGAAGCUUGUUCGCAGUUUGAAAAAAAAGAUCUCUGUGGUCUAAAAGUUUGGAGGAGAUCAUGGAGAAGCUUGUAGACAUUGUAAUCUAUUUGCACCAAGCUAUUCUGGAAGCAUUUGGAACUACUGGUAUGAGGGCAAGUCAGUAUGGAUAUUCUACAUGUGCUAGGAAGUUCAUAAUAUAUUAGCAUAAAGUGAUGCUUUCAGUUACUUCAGAAAUCGUGCUAUCAACAAAUCUUUUCUGUUUCUGGAUUGGAAUGCCUAAAAAUGAUGUAGAGUUCUGAUUUGUGAAGAACUUACUGAUUACAAACUGCUGAACAGUCUCUUUCAUGGGUCAUCAGGUGUCACAUUGGUUGAUGGGGUUGGCAACCAUCAAAGGCUUGGAAAAGCUGGUCUAGCAUUGCAUUAUGCUCACUUGAUCACUCAGAUAGACAACAAUGUAAGAGCAACAAUUAUUUUGUUUGUGAUUAUGCAUGAUGAAAGAGAAAAGGCUCCUCCUUUUGAGAUUCUUUCAACUGAAACUGGUUUGUUGUCAGGCCUCUCGUCCCACAAGUCUUCCUCCUAACACAAGGGAUUCAUUGUACCAAGGGUUGCCACCCACUGUUAAAAUAUCUCUAAGGUCUCGAAUACAGAUGUUCGAAGAGAAGGAAGAGCUUUCAAUAGCUCAAGUAAAGGCUGAAAUGGAAAAGACCCUCCAAUGGCUUGUACUUGUUGCCGCCAACACAACCAAAGCUCACCAAGGUUUCGGUUGGGUCGGAGAAUGGGCAAAUACUGGUAGCGACUACGGGAGAGCCGAUGCAGCCACCCGAGGCAACCUCAUCUGCCUCCAGGCGCUCUACCAUGCCGACAAGGAGACAACUGACCAACACAUCCUCGAGACCGUAGCAUGGCUCCACCGUCUGAUCACCCUAGUCGGACAACGCGACAAUGACCUACGAUCCUCAGGAGGCCAAGCCGGCCAUGUUCCAAAGUCAGCCACUUUCCGAGGACAGGAUCUCCACUCGAAGAUGCAGCGAAUCGCGUCCCUGAACGAAGCUCGAAACUAUCACCACGGCAGCCACAUCCCAAGAAUCUCUGCGGAGAACAGAGACUUGCUAGACAAGGUAGGCCGGAGGAGGAGGCUGAUCCCAGGGAUAAGCAAGAGCCAGGAGCUCUCCAAGAAGAGCAGCGGGAGGGUUUGGGCUGCUCUGAGCAGGACGAAGAGCACCGGGAACUCACCCCUAAGGGAAAUGGGGAGGAGGAGGAAGUUUGUCCAGCAUCAAAGAGGGAAUCUGUUGGAUAUUUUGGAUGGGUUGGAUUCCAUGUAGACAACAGAAUUGGGUUUGUAGGGUUGGGGGGAAAGAAUCAAGCUUGGGUUAUGAUUAUAUUUUUUGUUGUGUAAAUAUAAGGAUCUAGGGUCCAUAAUUGUAUCUUAUCAACCAAUCAGGAAUGUUUUUUCUCUGUGAGGAGAUUGUAUCUGACGGAUGGAAAAAAUACCACAUCGGAAGGUUGCUGGGAAAGGGAGUCGACGGUAAGGCUAUAAAAUGGGAAGAGGAA